ACACACACACACACACACGUUCUAACAUGCAUGAAGAUGAUUAAGUGUGUUAACACACUGCACAUCUGCUCUGUCGCAAGCUGCUAAAACAUGAGCAUGAACUAAUCCUCUACACUGCAACACUCCGCCCUUCACACUGCUAUAAAGGAAGUCAGACUGCCACGCGCAUAUAAAAAGGAAGGAGAGUGUGUGUGUGUAUGUGUGUGUGUGUGUGAGAGAGAGAGAGAGAGAGAGAGUGUAUGUUUGGAGGAGUAGGAGUGUAUAUGUAAGUGUGUGUGUGUGUGUGUGUGUGUGUUUGAGAGUAGAGAAGUGAAGAUGGCUGAGAGCAAAAUGAGCUCCAACAUCAGUGGAAACAUUGGAGCUGGAGCCGGAUUCCUGGCCAAGAGGUUCCAGAAGUCCAUGAACAGAGCACAGGAGAAGGUCCUUCAAAAACUCGGGAAAACCAUGGAGACAAAAGACGAGCAGUUCGAGCAGUGUGCAGCCAGUCUGAACAAACAACAGAUGGAUGGUUCCAGGUUGUACAAGGACGUAAAGGCGUACUACAACGCAGUCAAAGCGAUGCACGAAACGUCGAAACGUCUCUCUCAGACGCUGAAGGACGUGUACGAGUCGGACUGGCAGGGUGUCGAAGAUCUGUCUGUUAUUAUGGAGAGCGAGGACCUGCUGUGGAAUGAUUAUGAGGAGAAGUUGAGCGAUCAGGUGGUUCGUACGAUGGAGAACUACACCAGCCAGUUCCCUGAGGUCAAAGAGCGAGUUGCUAAACGUGGACGUAAGCUGGUGGAUUACGAUUCGGCUCGUCAUCAUCUGGAGUCGCUGCAGAGCGCCAAGAAGAGAGAUGACGCAAAAGUAUCUAAAGCGGAGGAAGAGUUCAGUCGAGCUCAGAGUGUGUUUGAGGAUAUAAACAAAGAGCUGAGGGAGGAGCUGCCCGUCCUCUACCAAAGUCGUAUCGGCUGCUACGUCACUGUGUUUCAGAACAUCUCCAACCUGAGGGACGUCUUUUACAAAGAGAUGAGUGUGUUAAAUCACGAGAUAUAUAACGUCAUGAAGAAGCUCGAGACGCAGCACUCCACCAAAACCUUCAUCAUCAAAGGCCUUAACAGUACUGCGUCUAAGAAGAGGAAAUCUCUGACCAUCUCUGCGCCCAUCCCCUGUAACACGGCGUUUCCUCCUGAUCAUCCGGGUCUGAGCAAACUCAGCGUUCCUGAAGAACUCGCACACAGAGACACGGACACACGCUCCGGUAACACACUGCAGGAAAGAUCCGACUCGGAGGACUCGAGCUCUGCCGGAAGCGUCCCGAGCACGCCCAGUCGACAGUCCGUGUGCUCCGAGAGCGAGGGCGUUAAAGUCCACGCGAGCAACGGGAGCACGGCGGACACGGCGGAGCAGCCGGGAAGCGAACACGCCGAAGAGGAACGCGCUUCCGUGUCGCCUCCAUCAGAGGACACGCAAACGUCUGAAACUCAAGCUGAGCAGGAAGAUGAAGCAGCUCAUGUAGCAGAGUCCGUCACCACGACGACGAAAUGUGAGGAGGAGACGGGACGUGGAGAGAAAGAAGAUGGAGGAGGAGGAGAGAGGGAACAAAGUGAAGAGUUAAAGAAAGGACCAGAGGUCAUGAGUCAGCAAACGGACAGUUCACAACCUCCUGGAUUCCUCUACAAGGCCGUUGCUUUGGAGACCCAGGACUCGGAUGAAGGUAUUCUUCUACUCUUCACUGAAGGAGACGUGCUCCUCGUAUUCGCUGAUGAAGAAGAAGAAAAGCCGGACGGUACCGUGUGGGCGAUCAGAGAACAGGACUGGAUCCAGUACAGAGACCUGACGCUUCUCUCAGGCAUCGUCACGGAGACGCUGAUUCAGCGAAUCGACUCGAACUCCUGAGUCACGUCUCGCCGUUUGAUUCCUGACUCAGCAGCUCUGAGUGAAUCCUGAGACUCGGAGAACUCGACACGUGCUUUCAGUUCUGCAAUCAGAGAACCCAAGUUCCUUCCUCAGCCGUCCUCUUCACUUUCACUUACACAUUUCCAACAAACUGCACCUUUUUCACUUCACACAGACGUGGGUGGGUCGGUGUGUGCGUGUGUGUGUUUGUUGGGUUUUUUUUUGGUUGUGUGGGUGUGUGUGUGUGUGUGUGUGUGUUGGGUUUGUUGGGUGUGUGUGUGUGUGUGUGUGUGUGUGUGUGUGUGUUGGGGGUGCGUGUUUGUGCGUGCGUGUGUGUGUGUGUUGGGGGGUGUGUGCGCGUGUGUUGGGUGUGUGUGUGUGUGUGCGUGUGUGCGUGUGUUGGGUGUGUGUGUGUGCGUGUGUUGGGUGUGUGUGUGCGUGUGUUGGGUGUGUGUGUGCGUGUGUUGGGUGUGUGUGCGCGUGUGUUGGGGGGUGCGUGUGCGCGUGUGUGCGUGUGUUGGGUGUGUGUGCGUAUGUUGGGUGUGUGUGCGCAUGUUGGGCGUGUGUUGGGUGUGUGUGCGCGUGUGUUGGGGGUGUGUGCGCGUGUGUUGGGGGUGUGUGCGCGUGUGUUGGGGGUGUGUGCGCGUGUGUUGGGGGUGUGUGCGCGUGUGUUGGGUGUGCGCGUGUGUGUGUGUUGGGUGUGUGUGUGUUGGGUGUGUGUGUGCGUGUGUUGGGUGUGUGUGCGUGUGUUGGGUGUGUGUGCGUGUGCGUGUGUUGGGGGGUGUGUGUGUGUGUGUGUGCGUGUGUUGGGGGGUGUGUGUGUGUGUGUGCGUGUGUUGGGGGGUGUGUGUGUGUGUGUGCGUGUGUUGGGGGGUGUGUGUGUGUGUGUGCGUGUGUUGUGCGCGUGUGUUGGGGGUGCGUGCGCGUGUGUUGGGGGUGCGUGCGUGUGUGUUGGGUGUGUGUGUUGGGGGUGCGCGCGUGUGUGUUGGGGGUGCGUGUGUGUGUGUGUGUUGGGUGUGCGUGUGUGUGUGUGUGUUGGGUGUGCGUGUGUGUUGGGUUUUGCUAAAAUAUGUUAAAAAUAUAUUUUUGUGUGACUGUUUCUUCAGUAUUUCCAGAACAGCUGAUGAUCUGAUUUCAGUGUUUAAAGUGCAAUCGUCAUAUUUCUAAAAUUCUGCUUCUUCAGCUUAUUUCUUUUUUUUUUUUAUAUUCUAAACUCUCAGCGCUUUCUCUCGCUCUCUCACAAACGUCGUAAAAUUGAAAGUUAUAUUAAAACAGAAUAACUGUGAAACAUCCUGAACAUUUUAUACACACAUUUUUAAAUAAUACAACUUACUAUAUAUUCAAUAAAGAUUUAAUGUCUAUAA